UUUAGGGUUACGACAGCAGCAACGCUCCCCCCUUCAUCAGUUAUCGCGCUCACAUUCUCCCAUCCAAACCCCAGUCGGAAAAAUGGUGCAGCGGCUGACAUACAGGAAGCGUCAUAGCUAUGCCACCAAAUCCAAUCAACACCGCGUCGUCAAAACUCCCGGUGGGAAGCUAGUGUAUCAGACCACCAAGAAGAGAGCGAGUGGACCAAAAUGCCCCGUCACCGGAAAGAGGAUCCAAGGGAUUCCUCACCUGAGACCUGCGGAGUAUAAGAGGUCUAGAUUGUCCAGGAACCGCAGGACUGUGAAUCGUGCCUAUGGCGGAGUCUUAUCUGGUUCUGCUGUGAGGGAAAGGAUCAUUAGAGCUUUCUUGGUGGAGGAACAAAAGAUUGUGAAGAAGGUUUUGAAGAUUCAGAAGGCCAAGGAAAAGGUUGCUUCCAAGAACUAGAUUUAAAGCUUGAGGCUAAGAUAAUUUUGAAAAGCAAUUUAUCAGAGGGAUUAAGAAAUUGUAUUGUGAGAUUUUGAGGUGCCUUGAUUUAUUUUUUUCCUAUCGAAAUGAAUGACUCGUUUUCUUCUGCUUGAUAAAACUCAUUGAUUAACUACUGGUUUCCUCUAA